GGGCACACUUGCCUCACUUUUCCGUAAAACAUCGUUGAAGAAUGACUAAUUUGCCAGUUUUAAGUAUUUACUCAAUGCCUAGCUAAUUACACACCGCGAAUAAAAAACACAUAAGUUCAGUUAACGUUGGAGACGCGAGCGGCAAUUGCGAAUCAGCCAAGAUGAAGAGGCAGUUUGCGAAAAUCAAAAUAGCAGCCGAAAAUCUGUCAAGAUCCACCAAAUCGGACUGCAAGGACUCCGAGCUGGAAACGAUCGAGCGGCAGGUGGACAGAUAUCGGGACACAAUCGAAAAGAUCGUCCGCAAGUUGCCGGCGCUCAGUGGCGGCGGUGGAAGCAGCAGCGGGACUACUGAGGAGCAGGACAAGCGGACCAAAAAGAACAGCCACUACAAGAUCGCCCAAGCCCUCGAUGAGUCCGCCAAGGAGCUGCCCAAGGACAUGCCGCUGCAGAAGGUCCUCGCCAAUUGCGGCGAGCUGGAGAAGACGAUGGCCGAGUGCAUUAUCGAGAGCGAACUGGAGACGGAGACGAAGGUGGUGAGGCGGCUGAAGAACAUCUUGGACAAGGAGAUCCAGGAGAUCUCGACGCUCAAGCGCAACGUGUCGCGCACCCUGCAGGAGUACACCUCGCUGAAGCGCAGUCAUGAGGCGGCAAUCCGGCUGGAGGAGCCGGCGGCGAAGGUGAACCACAUCAAGACGCAGCAGGAGGAGUGCGAGCUGAAGCUGGAGAAGGAGCGGGAUGCCUGGGCGGCGCAGAUGCUGGAACUGAUUGCCAAAGAGGACGAGAUCGUUAGCUGCAUCCGCGACUAUGUACUCAACCAAAGAAACUAUCACGAGCGGGCGCUGCAGCACGUGAACGCCUCGCUGGCGCGCAUCCAAGACACCAUUCAGGGCACCGAGAAGUCGCGCUUCGGCACCUCGCUGAAGGAGCACCUGACGUCCACCAAUCGCGAGAUCUCCUACAUCGUCGAGCUGUGCUGCUGCUGCCUGCUGGAGCACGGAUUGGAGGAGGAGGGCCUGCUGCGAGUGGGCUGCGCCAGCACCAAGUUGCGCCGCAUGAAGCACGCCCUGGAGGCGCAGCACGUGAAGACGCCGCUGCCGCUGGACUACCAGGAUCCCCAUGUCAUUGGCUCCAUACUCAAGCUCUACCUGCGCGAGCUGCCCGAGCCGCUGCUCACCUACGGGCUGUACAAGGACUUCAUCCGGAUCGCCGAGCGGCACAGUGAAGCCGAGCGCAAGACGGAGAUCAAGGCCAUUUUAGGCAAGCUGCCCAAGGAGAACUACGCCAACCUGCGCUACCUCACCCGCUUCCUGUCGUUCGUGCAGCAGCGCUCGGUGCACAACAAGAUGAGCUCCCAGAACCUGGCCAUCGUGAUGUCGCCGAACAUGCUGUGGCCACGGAUCGACAAGAGCAGCAACGCCCCGGCCGACUACAUCGGCCAGGUGAACAGCUCCUCGGCGGCUAACAUCAUCGUGGAGCUGCUGAUCAGCCAGUGGGACUACUUCUUCACCGGGGAGGUCGUGUUCUACUUGACCCUGCAGAAGCAGAAGCUCUUCGUCGAGGGCAAGAGUAAAUCCAACUCCUCCAACGAGAACCUGGACAAGAACGAUAGUGAAGUCAUGGAGAGCCCCCGCUAUGGCACCUUGCGCAGGCAAAAAGCUAAUGCUCCCUCGCCACCCACCACGAAUGGAAACGGCACAAGUAUGACAACAUCACAGACUUCACACCGACCACAUGCCAAGGAGCUGUUCCCCCAGCAGACCCCGGCGCAACAGGAGAAGCCCGUCAAGCCGCCGCUGCCGAACCUGCCGCAGUUCCAAUCGCCAGCCGCUAGCCAGCCGACGCAGACGCAGCUGGAGCCACUGCCCCCGCCGCCAGUAACGCCAGCCAAGCCAGUUCCGAUGACGCGGACGCAGUUCUUCGGGCUGGACAACCUGCCCUCGCCCACGGCGGAUCGCAAGAGCACCGACAGCAUUGGCAGCUUCAAGCUCAAACCGGAUGUCCCCCAGAAGCCUCUGCUGCCCAAACGACCCACCGUGCUGGGCGUGGGAGCUCCCAAGGCAGAUGGCAAGAGCGACGACGAGGGCGGCGCGACGCCCACCCAGGCGAUAAUCGAUAAUGGCAACGGCAGUGUGCGAUUCAAAACGGAGCAUUUUCUUGAGAAGCUGCGUCAGGAUAAUGGGGAAACGAACGGAACGCGGGAGGAGCCGGCAGCCCCAAAGGAGAGCAACCAUAAUAACGAUCAGCCGCCGACGGCGGUGGUGGAUCCAAAUCAGCAGCAGCAAAAUCAUCAGGCGCAAACCCAGGCCACCACGCCCAUUUCGCCGAACUCGUUUCAAACGCCCAAGAGGCCAACGGUGCCAGCGCCACCUCCUCCCACAAAUUGGAAGCCCGCGGAUUAGAUUGAAGUGUGAAGUGAAGCCGUGAAGCGGAAGCGGAGGCAGAGUCAUUAGGUGUUACUGUUUACUCGUUAAGACUUGAACGCACAGUAAUAUAUAUAUAUAUAUAUAUAUUUAUAACUGAAACGAUCCUUGCGGUGAGGAUAAAUUGUGCAUUAUAGAGAAAAGAUCCUCUGCGUAUUCUGCAUUUGUAUUUUGCCUUGUUCUAUAAGCAAUCUUAUUUGUACGUGUUUAGCCAUAUAACAAUAUCAAGCGAUAUCCAUUUACGUAUAUGUAUGCAUAUAUAGUCUGUAGUAGGCCACCAUAACUCAAUUGUCGAAAUUUGAUUUGUUAGCCCAGGUGGAGCCCUCAAUUGUUGAUCCUUGUUUGAAAGGUUGUGAUACAUCAGAAAGGUUUUGUGUUUCCUUAAUUUUUUCAUUGCUCUUGAGUCGACCUAUUUUUCCUUUUCCAACGAAAGACAUUGUGAUUUCUUUUUAUUAAAAUUAUGAUUUCGGUUAAAGCA